GGGCAGGGCCGCGGCGGCGGCGAGGCCGGGGGGCGGGGAGGAACGGGGCCUGAUAAAAGGCGGCCAGGCGGCCCCACCCCCGCGGCAGGCCAGCGGGCAAGCUCCGCGCGUCCCUUCCGUCCGGCCCGCGCCGGCGGCGGGGAGGCGGCCCGCGCGGCCCGCAGCCCGCUCAUGGAGGCUUUCCCCUGGGCGCCCCACUCGCCCCGCCGCGGCCCCCCGCCCAUGGCGCUGGUGCCCAGCGCCCGCUACGUGAGCGCCCAGGGCCAAGCGCACCCGCAGCCCUUCAGCUCGUGGAACGACUACCUGGGGCUCGCCACGCUCAUCACCAAGGCGGUGGACGGCGAGCAGCGUUUCGGCUGCGCCCGCGGAGAAGACAGAGACGGCGGCGGCUCUCCGCCCUCCUCUUCCUCCUCGUCCUGCUGCUCCCCUCACGCCGGGCCCGGGGCGCUGAGGCCUGUGCUGGGGCCGCCGGACUACGAAGAGGACGACGACAGCGACGAGCCGGGGUGCCGGGCCCGCUACCUGGGGAGCGCGCUGGAGCUGUGCGCAGGCCCCGCGGAGGCCGGGCUGCUGGAGGAGCGCUUCGCCGAGCUGAGCCCGUUCGCGGGUCGCGCCGCCGCGGUGCUGCUGGGCUGCGCGCCCGCCGCUGCAGCCACCGGCGAGGUGACGCCGCGCGAGGAGCGAGCCCCGGCGUGGGCGGCCGAGCCCCGGCUGCACGCAGCCUCGGGGGCGGCAGCUGCCCGGCUCCUCAAGCCCGAGCUGCAGGUGUGCGUGUUUUGCCGGAACAACAAGGAGGCGGUGGCGCUCUACACCACCCACGUCCUGAAGGGGCCCGACGGGCGGGUGCUGUGCCCCGUGCUGCGCCGCUACACGUGCCCCCUGUGCGGCGCCAGCGGCGACAACGCGCACACCAUCAAGUACUGCCCGCUCUCCAAAGUGCCGCCGCCGCCUCCCGCCGCCCGGCCGCCCCCGCGCAGCGCCAGGGACUCUCUGCCCGGCAAGAAGCCGCGCUGAGCCCAGCCUGCCGCCACCUGCGCCGCCAGGGUCACCGCCUGCCCGCUCUCAUUCUCGGUCCGCGCGCCAUCUCUUCCUCGCUUCCUCGCUGUUGGCAAGGCGUGGAGCUCGGCGGUUGCUUCAACUUGGGAUGUCGUUCUGAUUUUUUUCAAAGAAAACAGGCCGUUCGGAGUACUGCGGUUGAGUCAAGACGCUAAAAUCUUGAUUUGUCCCUAGUUUCUAGUUUGUGCGCAUCCGGACAGUGAAGGCUGUGUGUAGUCCACUAACUGAAAUAUGGCAACUUAGAGGCGCUCUUUAUUUACUGUACACGUCGACCUAUUUUAGAUGCGCGUCAAUAUGAAAUGGUCUCAAUCAAAUCUUGGAUGUUUAAUUUUAUUAAUGGAGGCACUUUACUAGGUCUAGAAUAUUUUUUUAAAAAGCCUCUUAAUUGAACUUAAAACUGAUGAUUUUAUGGAAUGCUGGCAAAAUGACUUUUAUUGUUUGAAACAUUUUUUUAGUUGUCCUUAAUCAGUUACUCUAAUUCCAGGUGAAGCAAGCCAGCCCCUGGUAGCGUCCGUUCUGAGAAGUGAAGAAUUGGUAUACUUUCCAGUAUUAACUGGAGGUGGUAUUCCCUCCUUGUGGCUUGUUUCUGUCCUAGCUGGAGGUAUAAAAAUGCACAGUCUGUAGCAGGUAGAAUACAAUUUAUUCUUAGGUACCAGAUCUUUCAUUACUAAACUAGCAACUAGCAUUUUCCACCCUGAAAAAUUGUGCCAUUAUAAUCAUAUUGUGUACACACUUGGAAAUGGUGCUGUUUAAAAAAAGUGACUUGUGUAUUUAUACAGUAACAGUAUAUGAUUUCAUUAAUCUUGCCUAUAACCUUGCUAUUGGCUUUUUGUCUUUGUGCCCACCCCCAUUUCCAGUUCUUUAAAAACACUGGGAUACUAAGAUCAAGAGGGGGAGAACUGACCCUGAAUCACUCAAUUUCAGGGUUCCUAAGUAGUGGAAAACUCAUUCCAGCUGUUGCCUCUCAAGCUAAGUGGAAGAUGAAACCCUUUGCACUCCGGAAGGUUAAUGUAGUAAAUGCCUGUGUUCAAGAAGGUUCCACUCUGGGCUGUCUGGCUUUAGGGUGUCCAACCUUUUGGUGUCUCUGGGCCACAUGGUAAAUACAUUGCAACAGGUAACUCACA